GUCCGGAGGAAGGAGCGCGAACCCCCACGUGGUGGCCCUGGAGUCGGUCCCGCCGCCGCUGUGGCCGUUCGUCCCCGCGCGGUCCCCAUCCGGGGCUCGCCGCCGGGAGAGCUCCCCACCCAGUGACUGCCCUCCGCCCCGCCCGCCGCCGCUCACGGCGGGGUCUGCGUGAGUUCCUCACCUGGGGGCGGCCUGCAGGUAAAGCGCAGCAAUGGCUGCCGUUUAUUCUGGCAUUUCUCUAAAACUUAAAAGCAAGACAACUUCCUGGGAAGAUAAACUAAAACUAGCUCACUUUGCUUGGAUUUCCCAUCAGUGUGUUCUUCCAAAUAAAGAACAAGUAUUACUUGAUUGGGCACGACAGUCAUUGGUUGCGUUUUAUAAGAAAAAACUUGAACUGAAGGAAGAUAUUGUUGAAAGGCUUUGGAUCUAUAUGGAUAACAUUCUACAUAGCAGAAAAUUGCAGAAUCUCCUCAAGAAUGGAAAGACAAUUAACCUUCAGAUUUCCCUUGUCAAGAUCAUCAAUGAGAGAAUGGCCGAGUUCGCUCUCUUGGGAUCUCAGAGGAGCAUCUGUGUUGUGCUGAGCUGCUGCCAGGGUAUCCUCUCGACACCCGCCCUUGCUGUCAUCUACACGGCCAGGCAGGAGCUGACGGUCGACCUGCUGAGCCAGCUGUGCUGGUUGGCUUGUAGGCAGCCGGGAGCCGUGAUGCCCCAGUUGUUCGAGGUUCUUCACCUGACCCUAGGCCUUUACCUCUCGAUUCAGCGGCAGCAGGUCAACCCGAGACGUGCCUUUGGGGAGGUGACCACACACUUGCUCCAGCCCUGCCUGGUCCUGAGACACUUACUCUUGGCAGGCACGUGGACCCAGGCUGGCCAGAGCCAGCUGCGGCCGGCGCUAGGCCGGGACAUUAGGAGUCAGAUUGAGGCCGUGCUUCGAGGUGGAGCUUUUCAGGCCGAGCUGCUCCCUUCCUACAAAGAGGAGCUCUUGGACCAGCAGCAAGGUGACACGAAGAUGGGGGCCAUGAAGAAUCUCCUAGCGCCCCUGGGCACCGUGAUGGCCAGGCUGGUGGAUGCCGGCUACUGUGAACCGUCCCUUCAGGCUGCUGUGGUGGCCAACUCUGUGGCCUUGCUGUACAAGCUCUUUGUAGAUUCUUACCUCAAGGAGGAGACCCGGCUGCUCUGCUUCAAGGUGCUCCCUCGGCUGUUUGGUUGCUUAAGGAUUUCCCGCCUGCAGGAGAAGCAAGCCCUGUCUGCGUCUGAUUGGACCAUGGAACUCCUGGCCUUGGAACAGCUGCUAAAUUCAGUGGCCAGUAGUACUAUCUACAACACUGCCGCUGACCGGAUUCGGCACGGGGAGACUCAGUUCCACUUCUACCGCCGUCUGGCCGAGAUGCUGCUGAACCAUCCACAGGCCCCCGUGCCAGCCUGGUUCCGCUGCCUCAAGGUUUUGCUGUCUCUGAAUCAUUUGAUUCUGGAGCCAGACCUGGAUGACCUGUUGGCUUCAGCUUGGAUCGAUGCCGAAGUCACAGAGUCGCGGACCCAGAAAGCCCAGGAGGCGCUGAUCCACACGCUCUUCCAGACGUUCGCCAAGCUCCGGCAGGUACCCCAGCUGUUCAGGGAGGUGCUGGGGGUGAUCUGUCGCCCCGCGGCCGAGGCACUCAGGCUGCCCGUGCUGUCUGCAGGCCCCGCUGCUGUGCUCCGCGAGUGCCUCCUGGAUCUGCCCCCGGGCCAGGUCCUGGACGCCUGGGCCCUCAUGCUGGACAGUUUCCAGUCUCUGGUCCUGCCUGAUUUGCGGGGUGACAUGGACAUGGCCCUGAAGUCCCUCUCACUGAGCUCGCUGCUGCACUGCGUCAUGGUCCAUGCGCGGAGCCUGGAUGGCGACUCGCCCCUGCCCGUGGUCAGACGCACGCGGCGCACCAUGGACGAGAUGCUGCGGGGCCUCGUGAAGCCCCUGCUGGACCUCCUCUGCAAACCCUGGCCCUUGGUGCCCGAGCCCUGGCGACAGAGGGUCGGUGACUCUGCGCUCCUGCUCGCCCACGCGUGGGCCCAGGUGGACACCGUGCUGGGCUUGAGCUGCGACCCAUAUCGCUCUGAGCCCGGGUCCCUCGCAGGCACCACCCCGGAGCCCUCGAGCCUCCCUCCGCUGCUCCCGGGCGUGGAGGCCAAGCGCUGGAAGGAGAUAGAGGAGUUUACGGCUCAGUCCGACUCCCUCGGCAGGUACUGCUUGGAGCAGCUCCACCUGCAGAGAAUGAAAAACACCUUGCUGCAAACUAGUGUCCGGUCUGAAGAAGCCCUCCUCGCUCUGAGGCGUGAUGCCGCCUACAUCCUGGGCUCCGGGAGAGCGAGCUUGACCCGGGGGACGACGGCUUCCUGGGACGGCCAGGUGGGGACAGUGAGUGCGCUCACCUACCCCAUCGCCCACUGGCACUUGGUCGUGUCCAAUCUCACGAUUUUAACAGCCUAUCUUUGUCCAGACGACCUGCGGUACCUGGCCGGUGUCCUGCUGAGAACUUUGCCAACGAGCAAAGCCCAGGAAGCCUCAGCGGAGGAGGAGCCAGACAUCACACUUGAAAAACUAUCGAAGGCCGUCCUUCACAGCCCUCUCCUCCCCGAAAUGCAGUCCCUCCACUCUGCGUUUUUACUGUGCGUGACCGCAAGCUGUGCUGGCAUCCUGGGUGCCGGCGCCCACAGGGGCCCUGCUCUUCUCCGCCAGCAGCUGCCCUGGCUCUUUGAAGGGGAUUAUGUGGUCGUGGCUCACUGGGAAAGCAGAUUUCCAAAGGUCGGAUCUGAAGGAGCAGAGCCAAGAGGAGAAAUUGCCCAGAACUUACUCUCCUUGGCCAGGGGUGACUUCUCCGUUCAGCUGGAGGGAGAGCAGCUGGAGAGCAUUCUUCAGCUUUUGGAGGUUCUUUCUGCUCUGCAGCUGGACAGCCUCCUGCCCCCCUAUCACAUGCAUUGUUUUCUCCUGUUGCUGUCCGUGGCCAUCACCGUGCUGGGCAGCUCUUGCCCCUCUGCGCUGACUCUCAGGUUUUUGAUGACGUGCUACCGGCUUCUUGGUUACCUGCAGAGAGGGCAGAGCGCCCAGUCGGUGCUCAGGGUCAUGUACGUUAGCGACAUCUUUGAGAUCACGCUGACCUCCUUGUUCAAAGCCAGUAGGAGGUUUCUUGUGGACGCAGAUGACCCCUCUUGGCUGGAAUUCCUCCAGGUGGUGGGGACGUUCUUAGAACAGCCGCUGCAGAUGCUCCUCCAGAGGAAGCUCAGCCCGGGGCUCAAUUUUGGGAAAAUCCUCGCAUUCCUCUCGAGGUCCCAGCUGUGCCCUGAAGCAACUUCAGGCAGCCGGUCGGAAGACCAGACACCUCUGGGCCAGCAGCUCCUUCUGGUGUCUUUGACCAAGCUGUGCCAAGCGCUGGGGCCUUUAGUCAAGGAGCAAAAGCAGCAUGAGGUCCUGGAAGCGCCGCGUGAGCUGCUGCAGGCGGCCGUGCUGCAGGCGGGGGCCGUGCUGCAGCUCUGUGCCGCCCGCGGGGCCCCGCACCGCUGCCUCCUGCCCCCCGUCCUCUCGUCGGUCGCCUCGCUCUUGGAGGCCGAUGUGGCCCUGUGCUCCGGGCCCAGCGGGACGGAGGUUCCCGGAGGGGCGGACCACGUGCUGCUGCCCCAUGCCACCCUCUACCAGACUGUCUACUCUCAGAUCCUGUCGGAGUUGCCGGCUCUAGCAGGAGACACCCCCUCUCUCCAGGCAGCUGUGCAGUUUCUGACUCUGUUCUUUUUAGCCCCAGAACUGCACCCCCAGAAGGAGUCUGUGUUUACCUCGGUGUUUGAAUCUGUGAGAAAAGUCCUUGCAGAUCCUGCAAUUCCGGUUCAGGUAGUUGAGGAGAUAGAGCCUCAUUUGGGAGCCUUGUUCACCCAAGUGUUAGAGGUUGGGACAACAGAGGACUUCCGGAUGGCGCUGCAGAGUAUCCUCCAGGGACUGGACGUCAGUAACAUGUGGAGAGCAGAUCUGCAGGCUGUUUUGUCGGCUGUGACGUUGGUCAAGUUGCUCUUGAACUGCCCGUUUGGUGGCGAGAAGGCCAGUUUGUUCUGGCGUGCGUGCCCACAGAUGGUCAUGGCUCUAAUGCUGCAGACCCGAGAGGCUUGUCGGGAACAGCCCAUGACACUGGCACUGGUCGGGCCUGUCUUGGACGUCCUGGCUGCGCUGCUGAGGCAGGGGGAGGGGACCAUCAGCAACCCGCACCACGUUGGCCUGGCCUUCGGCGUCCUGCUGGCCGUGCCCUUAGACGCCCUGAGGCCCCCCGAGUAUGGGCGCAUCUUCCCGCGGGUCCACAACGUGCUCUUCUCAAUCCUGCAGUGUCACCCGAAGGUAAUGCUGAAAGCCAUCCCUUCUUUCUUGAACUGUUUUCAUAGAUUGGUGUGUUCAGUUAUACGCAAAGGGCGGCAGAAAGACGAAGGAAGCGCAGAGGACCUGCCAGUGGUGCUGGAGUGCGCCCGCCUCGUGGAGAGGAUGUACAGCCACAUGGCGCUGCGGGCCGAGGAGUUCAGGGUGUCUUCCCCCUUCAUGGUGGCCCAGUAUGUGAUGGAGGUGCAGAAGGGCAGUGCUGGGCCUCGCAGAGCUGGCUUCCUGCCGGGGACACCGACCGUGACCCGCUGACAGAGGGUCUCAGGCCCCUCUGUCUGUGUCCUCCCCGGCCUGAUGGGUGUCACCGGUGUCGUCCUGGGCGCUGGGCCGGAGGACUCUCGUCACCUGCGUCGCUGUGGACAUCCUGCCCCAUGCCUCCCAGCCCCCUCCCGCUUGCUGCUUCCGUGGCUCUGUGUCCACUUCCCUGCCAUUUCCUGCCUCCGUUCUUCGUAGCCUUGGCGCCCACACCGAGGAGCUCCCCACCCCUGGCCCCCUUCCCGCUGGUCCUCCACAGAAUCCUGUUCUCGCUCCUUGGCUGGGUCCACCUAUUGGGAGGAAAAUCUCUUUCUUCCUCAGAGGAAGAAGCACGGCCGAGGCAGCAAGGCUUUGAGGUGCUGUGAAUUCGUGGUGAUUGGAUUGUUGUAAUGAUUUCACGUGAGGUUACAGCUGAUGGUAGAACAUAAAUGUUACGGAUGAGAGAAAGGUUUGCAAAAUGCUCCAUCGUGAAUGCAACCGAGACGAGUGGGAAAGGGUUCUCCUUACAAAGGAGGGCCGGGGGUGCGACUCAGCGGGGGGGCCUCAACCACGCGGCAGGCAGCAGGACCAGGCUCCCCAGGCGUCGGGAUGGGAAGCACAUUCGGUAAAACGGAACCAUGGAGAUCCCAGCAGAGAGCGCCUGGCAGGUGCCACAGUGGCGAUGAGCCCCCGGGGAAGCAGGGGGGCAACCACGCAAGUCAGCGUACAGGGUGUGGCCACACUCAACUGACCACCGAGGCCACUUUCAGGACUGAGGUGCUUGCCCUUGUCUGUGCACACGUGGGUGCCCACGGCACUUGGUGUCCCGGCCCUCUGGCCAGGUGGCGUGUGCUGGUAUCUACCCUCUGGGCUUUUAUCACAGAUUAAAUGAGUCAAAUAGCCUUUUCCCAGUCUUCUAACCACGUCCUCGGUCUCUCAAAUCUCUAUCACUUUCCUUUCUGUUUACUGAUGCACACAGAAUAUCUUUAAUCUAAAAAACUUGAAUAUCAAUCCUAUAAUUCUCCCAAAUCGCCCCAGCCCCUUCUCUUGACCGCCGAGCAGAUAUGAGUAGUCUACGUUUGUCAUUCCUAUUUACCUUGAUAUCCUCCCCCUUGAAGCUGCCCUCAGGAAGAUCCUGGGGCCAGUUUGAAGCACCCAGCUUCGGUCGGGGCUGUUGGGUUGGCCCUCCAUCUUCCUUGCAUCCAGGCACGUUUGGCUUUUCUGCUUCUUCCCUCUCCAGGGUCCCGGGUGUCCCCGAAGCUCGCUCUCCCUCAGGCCCUGUGUCCCCAGGGCUCAGUCCCUGACGGUCGUCUCUGGACCUGCUUCCUCUCCUCCCCCUCCGACAUCACCAGUUACCUCUGAGCAAAGUCCCUCUUAAACUUCCCAAUUUUAGCUCCUCAAAUUGCCUCGUCUCUCGAGUUGGCAACCAGAGGAGACAGGGCAGGUUUCUCGGGUGGCCGCCCAGACUGUUAUCUAAGCCCCGCCAGGGCUCUGAGCUCCUGCCGCUUGAUCUGUGUUGUGCCCCAGCCCCCGUCUUCCGUCCGUCUCCUGCCGCCUCUGGCCAUCCAUCCCAUACAUUGUGUCUAAAUGGUCCUCAUGGUUGUAUCUCACCUUUAAAACCUCCAAGGACCCAUUUUUUUCUAAAAACCACCCUCUCAUCCUGGCGCUGGAGGCUCUCUGUGAUCUGACUACGGUCCAUAGACAGCCUUUCCAGCUGUCAAGGAUGGACCUUCACCAAAGUGUCUCCCUGGCAUCCUCCAACACACCCUGCUUGAUAAACCUGCACCUCGUCCCCUCCACCUGCAAUGUCCUCCCUAAUGAAUCACCUCCUCCUGGUCCCUGCAGCUGAAAACAGUGGCUUCUGGAGGUUAAACCUCUAGCUCGGCUGUGACCUGAGGCUGCCUCUCACUCUGUCCUGUGUGCGCUAUCUCACCUUGCUUCCUGGCUGUGGUUCCUUGAAGGCGGGUCCCAGCCUGUGUGUCCCUCAAGCCCAGCCUGACCGUGCUAGGGACAGGAUCAGGGAAACCGUCCGUUGAGCUCUGGUAAGCUGCAGACUCUGUGACAAGGGCUCUUUCCCCAAGCCUCCUCGUGCUGGGCGUGCAGAGAGGGAGGGUCAGCUGCAAGUCAGAGCUCCAGGACACUCAGGCCGCACGUGACCGACCUGGGAAUCAAACCCAGCAUGGCCUUAUUCCAAAGCCUUUCACAGCACACAGGUGAAAGGCGUUUUCAAACUGUCCCCCAGCCCCCCUUUAGCAGUGAGUGAUUUUCCGAAACAAAAUCUGACGUAGAGCAUCAGUGUUUUUUGAACAGAUGAAAAUAGGCCUACCAUGACGGAAGCAUCUGGUCCGCCGGUACAGCCCCCUCUUCCCUCCCUCCCCUUCUUAAUCCUGGCUUUUUCCGGGUCAGCCCCCAUCCCUCUCCAGCUCUUUCUUCCCCUCCCUCUCCCUCCCCUUGGCUCUUACCUCGCUUACAACGUCCCUGGCUCUGCCUCCUUCUCCCCCAACUCCCUCCCUACCCUGAUGGACCACCAGGGUCUCCUUUUCUCUCACAGCUUUACUGGAAUGUCCCUUUCUCCUGGAAGCCUUCCCCGGGAACCUAAAGCCCCAGCCUCCUGCUUUGGCUGU